CCGGAAAGCAAAAUGGAAGAAACACACAACUACGAGACAAUCACAUACAAAACAUUCUCAGAGCUACUUGACUCAUACAAGGAGCUUGUUCCAAGCAAGCUGGACGAACUAGAGGAGCAACGACUCGAAAUCAUUCCUAAAUCACUAUCGGAAAGGACCGACGACGCACACUUGAAGAAGGCCGAAGUGCAAAAACUGGUAGAUUGGAAGCUACCCUCUUUGCGCAAGCUCGUCGAAUCAAAUGCAGACGAAGCGGUGGAGCAACGCACGCGAGAAGCGUUCGAGGCUUACGACAGGGACAACGAGCAGUGGGACAAGGCAGUGGGGAUGCUGGCCAAGGGGCUUCGUGGCGUAGGGCCUGCGACAGCCUCGCUCCUACUCAACACUUACGACAGCGAGAAAGUGCCAUUCUUCUCGGAUGAAUUGUAUCGUUGGGUCAUGUUCUCCGAUGGUAAAGGUAACGGAUGGGACCGGAAGAUCAAGUAUUCGGCGAAGGAAUACCAAGAGUUGUACAGGAGAGUGGAGAUGUUACGAGAAAGAUUGAGCAAAGAGAGCGACAAGACGAUCACGUCAGUUCGGGUUGAAAUGGUAGCGUACGUGCUAGGACGAAGACAGAUCGGGGGAGCGAAGAGGAAGGAGAUUGAUGAAGAAGAUAGAGAGGGAGCCGAUCAAAAGGCAGGAGAAGACACAACCAAUAAACGGAAGCGAAGAAGGGCAUAG